ACAAUGAACGACUGUCCCAUGACUUGUCAAACUGAAAGAGUGGAUCUGACACCGUGGAUACAAAGAAAACUGCGUUUUUAAAUUGCCAUAAAUUCCUUCCUACAAAAUGGCUGAAAAAUAUAACCGUUUUCAGACUAAAUCGGAAACAUUUUAGCAAGCCAAUAAGCGGACGCAAAGGGAACAAGUUGCUUCUCGGGUUUUGCUACUAGAUAAACGCGAAAAUAACUGGCAGAUGAUGUUUUGUCAUUUAUGAUGCCAAGUCGUCCCUAUCUCCCGAAACGCUUGUGGCGGUGUUAGUCAUCCAGACAUAGUUUACACUAUCAACCCAGGUUAAUUAUAUUUCUAAAAUAAAGAGGAGUUGGCUCUUUAGUCCUUGGGCGAGCCAUUUAGCCUACCGACGGAAGUAGCUAACCUGCUAACAGGCUAGCUAGAAUUCGAAAAGAUCUUCGCUCUCAACAUUCCAAAUCUGGCAGGAAUGUCAAAUGAGCACUCCCCCCUCCUCACUUAUGGGCUGUUCAGUGUGGUGGGAGACCCCUCUGGGUCAGGGUCUGCAUCAGGGCAACAAGACGUGGGCACUGUCAGUCCUGGCAACCCCACUUCCUCACCCCGUAGCCUCAACACGUUCUUUGGCGUGAUUGUGCCCACUGUGCUCUCGAUGUUCAGCAUUGUGCUCUUCCUCAGGACAGGAUUUGUGGUAGGUCACGCGGGACUGUUCCAGUCCCUCAUCAUGUUGGGUGUGGCCUAUGUCAUCAUUUCCCUGACAGUUCUCUCCAUCUGCGCCAUUUCCACCAAUGGAGCUGUCCAGGGGGGCGGAGCUUACUUCAUGAUAAGCCGAUCUUUGGGGCCAGAGUUUGGAGGCAGCAUAGGACUCAUGUUCUAUUUGGCCAAUGUGUGCGCUUGUGGGGUGUACAUUUUGGGUCUGGUCGAAGCCAUACUUGACAUUUUUGGACAAGACCCAGCCUCAUCUGUGUCCGAGGGGGUGCGGGUGUUGCCCCAGGGGUACUGGUAUGGAGUCCUGUAUUCUUCUGUCGUGCUGCUGGUCUGUUUGCUGGUCUGCCUGGUGGGGGCCCAAAUAUACUCCCGGGCCUCCUUUCUCAUCUUGUUGGUGGUGACAGUCUCCCUACUAUCAAUCUACAUCAGCCCCCUUGCCCUGGGGCCCCGUGACUUCACCAUCAGCCACCAGGGUGACAUCGCCAACAGCACCUGUGUCUACAACACCAGCUAUACGGGCUUCAACCGCACCACUCUGAGGAACAACCUGGGCUCGGGAUACUCCCUGGAUUACAGUACCAACACUGUUAUGACAUUCGCUACUGUGUUUGCUGUCAUGUUCAACGGUUGCACUGGGAUCAUGGCUGGGGCCAACAUGUCUGGAGAACUGAAGAAUCCCAGUGUUUCAAUUCCCAAGGGAACCAUAAUGGCUGUGGUUUAUACAUUUUUUGUCUACCUAUUCCUCUUCCUCCUUGUGAGCUCCACAUGUGAAAGGGUUUUGUUGAUCCAAGACUAUGGGUUCUUCCGGCGUAUUAAUGUGUGGCCACCCUUUGUCAUCAUUGGUGUGUACUGCACCUCCCUGUCAGCUGCUAUGAGCUCCCUGAUUGGGGCAUCUCGAAUCCUGCACGCCCUCUCCCUGGACCAGCUCUUCGGGCUGCCUCUUGCUCCAGCCACCAUCACAUCCAGUUCAGGAAACCCAUGGGUGUCUGUGCUGUACACCUGGGCUCUAGUGCAGUGUGUGGUGUUUGCUGGGCAGCUCAACUCCAUCACCAGUCUGGUCACUGUGUUCUAUCUUCUGGCCUAUGCUGCAGUUGAUCUGGCCUGCCUAGCCCUUGAGUGGGCUUCUGCUCCAAACUUCAGGCCUACUUUCCAGUUCUUCUCGUGGCACUCCUGCCUGCUGGGCAUCAUGGGCUGUGUUGUAAUGAUGUUCGUGAUCAACCCGGUCUACUCCUCUGCCAGCAUCGCUCUCCUCCUACUGCUUCUGCUCUUUAUCCACUAUAGAGCCCCAACCAGCAGCUGGGGCUACAUCAGCCAGGCACUCAUUUUCCACCAGGUGCGAAAGUACCUGCUGAUGCUGGAUGUGCGGAAGGAGCAUGUGAAGUUCUGGAGGCCACAGGUGUUGCUGAUGGUGUCCAACCCCCGCUCCUCCUGCCAGCUCAUCACCUUCGUCAACCAGCUGAAGAAAGGCGGAUUGUUUGUGCUGGGACAUGUGCAGCUGGGGGACCUGGACACCUUACCAUCAGAUCCUAUCCAGCCACAAUAUAACUUCUGGCUGAGUCUGGUGGACAAACUGGGAGUGAAGGCCUUUGUGGACCUGACGCUAUCAUCUUCUGUCAGACAGGGCACACAGCACCUUCUCAGAAUCACUGGCCUAGGAGGCAUGAAGCCCAACACCCUGGUCUUAGGUUUCUAUGACAACUGCGUCCCUGAAGACUACUUCCUGCAGGACCCAGCCUUCUGUGAGGAAGUUGGUGGGCGUGACAGUGGUGGGGGGGACAAUUUUGGUGUGGACUUGCCGUCCUUACAAGCCCACUUUCCCCCGGUCCGUAACAUGGAGUCCCCCCGCUGGCUCUCUCCUGAUGAGUAUGUUGGCAUGAUCUCCGAUGCCAUCAAGAUGGGCAAGAAUGUGUGCCUGGGCCGCUACUUUUUCCAGCUGGAGGGCGAAAUGAGCAGCGCAUCCCAGACCGGGGAAGAAAGGACCAUCGACGUGUGGCCCCUGAACCUGCUGCGACCGGAGAACAGUGGCUAUGUAGACGUGUGUAGCCUCUUCCUCCUGCAGAUGGCGUGCGUGCUGAACAUGGCCAACAGGUGGCGUAACGCCAGGCUCCGGAUCUUUCUGUGUGUGGAAGCCGAGUCUGGCGACCAGGGCUGGAUGGCGAAGGAGGAAACCUUGCGCGACCUGCUGGGGAAGCUGCGCAUCCGGGCCUCCAUUAAGAUCGUGGCGUGGGACGGUGUGGUGAAACUCUACACGGGGGGCAAGGAGCGGCGGGCUGCCACCCCAGGGGGCGGCGAUGUUGGGGAGGGAGACUUAGGUGGAUGGGCCAGGUCACCUCCCGGCGUCUCUGAAGAUUUCCUGGCUGCUGUGAAUAGCCUGGUGAUGGAGCACAGUGCCCUGGCAGCAGUCCGAUUCCUGUACUUGCCACGGCCCCCUGCAGGCUCCAGCCAAUCACAGCGAUACCUGGCUCAGCUAGAGGCGAUAACGCGCGAGCUGGGCCCCACCCUCCUGAUCCACGGCCUCAGCCCUGUCACAUGCACUGAGCUCUGAGAGCUUGUGUACGUGCGUGAGCAUGUCUGAUUGUCUGUCCUUUUCUUUUUGGUUAGCCUUUGUCCCGACAAAUAAUUUUAUUUGUGCCUUUCUCUGUAUGGCUUACGUCUCUUAAUCUGUUUGGGUAUGUGUGUGUGUGUUUUUUCUUUUGACUGUUUUGUGUGCUGGCCUGUUUUUUGUGACUAAGCUUUUCUUUCUGGCUUCUUGUGUUUUUUCAUUUUUAUCUUCUAGUUCAUCCAAUAUUGUCUGUGUACCUGGCUCAUUUAUUCACCUUUGUCACAGUUCAUCCAAUCCAAUGGCAAUGUUUGCGAAGAGCUAGUUAGAAUAAAAUGGUUGUCUUGGGUUUUGAUAAAGUAAUAUAUAGUAAGAAUUGGUUGCAUUAUUGUACAGUAUUUCACAGUAAGAACUGGUUUGUAUGUACUGCUGCAAAUAAUGAGGGAAAGAGUAAUUAGGGAGAUCUAGCACAAAACCAACAUGGGGGUUCUUGCGGUUUUGCCUUUUUUUGUAUUAGUGACAAAAUAUAGCAUAAGCAUAAUUACUUGAAGACAUUUUAAAAAAAAAAAAUGCUUUUGCAGUUGUGCCUAUAUUUCCCCCAGAUACCAAGCUUGUCUUAAUCUAGUGUACCCUUCAGUGUCAGUCCUGAACAACCAUCCUUGUAUUUUUCAGGUUCACCUGGCAGAUACAGUGAGACUUUCCAAAUGGAGCAAAUUGAAUCAGGUUUAUUGAAAUGCCCAAGUGUGUUUGUGCAUAUUUAUAUGUAUAACAAAGGUUAUGCACAUGUACUGUAUAUGUGAGUGACCUUGAAAUUGAAAGAUAAGGACAAGUCUCUGAGAGAAUGAAUGCCAAUAUAUAUUUUGUCUUAAAUGGGAAUAUAGCUCCUGUCAUCAUGGUCAAUUUGUUUAACCUUAAAAAGAGUUAAACUACAAGGCAAGCUAUGACACGCUCCAGGUGUACUAUUGCUUGCCAAGUUUCCUUAAAGGGUGAACAUGGCAGGCAUAUUUUGUCAAAGGAAAAAGAGGCAGGUAGGCUGGAGUGUAGAAUUUGGAACUCCCAGAGGCGUGUUACCACUUCUUGCAAAUGGUAACACUCCCAUAGAACAUUGUUCAGCCUGUUGGUACAUAGCUCCAAAUUCUUUAUAAAAUUUUGUCAUAUUUUAUAUUAAACAAGCAUAUUCAUGUUAGUUAAAUUGAUAAAUGUAUGUGGCAGAAAUUCAUCUACCCGGUAGGAUAAUACUUUCUGUUAGAUUUGGAUGGCAGUUCUGUUUCCACUUGCAUUUGCUAAGGAAAUAUUGACCAUUGCCAAUAUGCCUUGUAUUGGCCAUUUAUUUUGGCCAUUUCUGAUGUAUUAAAAAAACAUUCCUUCCUCUGUAGAUUUAAUUGAUGUUUAACAAUGAUUUGUAACUACUGUUCUUUCACUAAUAUUUUUAACACUUCCAAGAUGUAAUUCAGCACAAUUUUCUGAAUGAUGCUACAAAUUGAUCGCAAAUGGGACAAAUGAUGUGAGACAAUCUAUGAAGUGUAUUUAUUUUGAAAGAUAUUUGUAUGUCAGAUAAAAAUGUAAAUCUUUUUUUAUUUAUUUUGUGUGUUCCCACAAUAUAAAAGUAAGCAAUGUAAAGGUGUAAACUGUUAUAACAUAGCUAUCUUGUAGUCUUAUCUUUUCUAAAUAUUUCAUGUGCAUAUUUAUCAACCUUGAUCAAAAUUUCUGUUUCUAUCCUAUAUUAACAUGUCCAAUAUCUGGCUUCAGUAUUCAUGCAUAUAGUAGAUUCACAUGAUUUCCAAUGAAGAGCAAACAAGUAAACAAAUGAAAAUAGUUAUUUAUUCAUUAUAAGUGCAUGAUAAGACAAGUAAACAAUUUAAAAAUAGCAUUCUCAAAAAUGCAUUCAAAUUUGUUUGUCUCCUUCCUCCAAUGUGAAACGAAUGGCUCUUUCUACCUUUACCUUGUUUGCAUCCCUGUAAUAUUUGUUACUUAUUUAUCUUUAUUGACCUUUUUUCACCUUACAACUUACAAAUGUCCUAAUACUGUACUAUUGAAAAUACCGUGCAACCUUUAUUCUAAUCAUACAACUAAUAUUUACCAUAGAAACUUUAUGUAAGGGAAACAAUGACCUAAGAGUUUGUAGAAGUUAAUAUUUUGUAUGGUGCCGCUGAGCUAUUUCAACCCUCCGCUUGUUAUAAUAAGUACUUUCCAGGUUGUUGAGAGUCACCAUGGUCUCCAGACUGUUUCAGACGUGCAGGAAUUCGCAGGAUGUACUUUACUGUCCAGAACAGUGUUUACAAGUACCAGCCGCUUGCUGGUCCCUGGAACCACAGGGGGGUCCUGACACGGAUUUAGCAGAAAAGAAAAAGCCGAAUUCGCAACUGGAAGUGUUACAUGCUGUCCACUGACUACGGACUGCAAAUGUGAAUCCGUCACUGAAGAACAUGCACUGGAAAACCCAGGAAAACGUUCAAAAGAGAACCGGUGGACGGGAGUUUCUGGUAGAUGGUUUGGCAGGGCCGCGCCGCUGGUCAAAGCUGUGGCGCGAUCAGAGAGCCGGCGAAGUAAAGACCCCAUCAGCGAAUCGUUUAUCCCGUCUCUCGUGCUGAGAAAGCGGCUCACCUCUCGGGCGCAGUCGCUGUACCCAGCGUAAAACCUAUUCAUCGCUACUUCUGCAAAACUACCUGUAGGACAAAGAACAAUAUUGUAUUAAACCACCAAAUGAUAUAAAACAAAAGUAUGCAACUUGA